AUGGGAGUUAUAUAUACCAUAGAGUUCCAAAAAAGAGGUUUGCCGCAUGCUCAUAUUCUGCUGUUUCUUGAUAAAGUCAAUGGAUAUCAUAAUGUUGACAAUUUGGACAACAUUAUUUCCGCUGAGCUGCCUGAUCAAGAAGCUGACGCAGAAUACUUCAAAGCAGUUGAGGAGUUUAUGAUGCAUGGACCUUGCGGGAAAGCCAGAUUGAGUUCUCCCUGUAUGGCAAAUGGUAAAUGUACUAAACAUUUUCCCAAAAAGUUUGUUAAUUGCUCAACUUUUGAUGAGGAUGGUUAUCCUAUAUAUCGGAGAAGAGACAAUGGUCGGUCUGUGACACGGAAUGGGAUUGACUUGGAUAAUAGGUACGUGGUACCACACAAUAGGCAUUUGUUGUUAAAGUAUAGGGCUCAUAUUAAUGUUGAAUGGUGUAAUCAGUCCCGUUCAAUCAAAUACCUAUUCAAGUACGUGAACAAGGGUCAUGACAGGGUAACAACAGAGUUUUACAGAACCAGCAAUGAUCAAGAUGGCGCACAAGUUCUGGAUGAAAUUAGUAUGUACUAUGAUUUUAGGUACAUAUCUCCGUGUGAAGCAUCGUGGCGGUUGUUCGGUUUUGAUAUACAGUUUAGGACACCAUCAGUGGAACGAUUAAGCUUUCACUUGCCGAACCAACAAAGUGUUGUUUUCGCAGAUGAUGACCCCGUUGAUAACAUACUCAGUCGGCCAACAAUCUUGCAAAGCAUGUUCCUAGAAUGGUUCGAGGCAAAUAAAAACUUCCCAGAAGCAAGGAAGUUGACAUAUGCUGAAAUGCCAACAAAGUUUGUGUGGAAGAAAGAUAUUCGAAAAUGGCAGCCCAGAAAAAGAGGAUUCUCUAUCGGUAGAGUUUUCUAUGUGCCUCCUGGAUCAGGGGAAAUCUUUUAUUUAAGGUGUCUGUUGAAUAAGGUCAAAGGUCCGACAAGUUAUUUAGAUAUAAAAACAGUGGAUGGUGUCCAAUAUGAUUCUUUUAGGGAUGCAUGUUGUGCAAGAGGAUUAGUAGAUGAUGACAGGGAGUAUGUUUAUGCUAUAGAAGAAGCAAGUCAUUGGGCUACAGCUGUGAAUCUGAGAAGAUUAUUUGUCACUCUCUUGAUGACUAACUCAAUAGCAAAACCAGAGGUGGUUUGGGAGGCUGCGUGGAUUCAUUUGUCAGAUGAUGCACAAUUCAAGAUUAGAGAACAAUUGGGAAAGCCAGAUUGGAUUAUAUCUGAAGAUGAAAAGAAGAAUUUUGCACUUACGGAGAUUGAAAUAAUGCUUUCAGCUAUGGGAAAAAGUUUGAAAGACUUUCAGGGGAUGCCGAUAGCCGAUGUAGUUAAUCACUGCAGAACAACCAAUCGGUUGAUACAUGAGGAAUUGGCAUAUGAUACUACUGCAAUGAAGGAAGAGAAUGAUGCUUUGGUGGAUAAACUAACUGAAGAGCAAAGAACAAUAUAUGGCAAUGUUUUGCAAGAUGCUGAGAAUAAUCUUGGAGGACUAUUUUUUGUUAAUGGAUAUGGUGGAACGGGUAAAAUAUUCUUGUGGAGAGCAUUAUCUUCUGCUAUAAGGUCAAAGGGUGAGAUAGUACUGAAUGUUGCAUCAAGUGGCAUAGCUUCCCUUCUAUUACCAGGUGGUAGGACUGCACAUUCAAGGUUUGCCAUUCCGAUCGCUGUUAAUGAAGAUUCAACCUGCAAUAUCAGCCAAAACAGUCCUUUGGCACACUUGAUCAUGAAAAGUAGGUUGAUCAUUUGGGAUGAGGCGCCAAUGAUGCAUAAAUUCUGUUUUGAAGCGUUGGACCGAUCUAUGAGAGAUAUAAUGCGUGUCAAAAAUCAUAACAGCUUCGAUAUGACUUUUGGUGGAAAAACAGUGGUGUUAGGUAGAGAUUUCAGACAAAUUCUACCAGUCAUUCCAAAGGGCACCAUACAAGAUAUUGUGCGAGCAAGUAUAAAUUCAUCCUAUCUUUGGAGAAGCUGUAAAGUUUUUAGGUUAACAAAAAAUCUAAGGCUUAGAUCUUUGAGAUCAGAUAGUGAAGUUCAAGAGAUUGCUGAUUUUGCAAAGUGGAUUGCUAAUAUAGGUGAUGGAACCAUUGGUGAUUCAAUGGAUGGAGAAUCUGAGAUACAGAUUCCCGAACAAUUUUUGCUCAGUUGUGGAGAGGAUCCUAUUGCUACAAUUGUUGAUAGCACUUUCCCUAUGUUUCGUAGUGGCCACAGAGAUAAUGAGUACCUAAAAGAUCGUGCCAUACUUGCACCUACUUUUGAUGUUGUAGAUACAGUCAACGAAUACAUGAACGACUAUAACAAUGCUGAAGGAAGGACCUAUAUCAGUUGUGACUCCGUAUGCAAAUCUGAUUCUAAUGUUGACAUGCUGGCUGACCUGCACACACCGGAGUUUUUAAAUGGAUUACGAUGUUCGGGAGUUCCAAAUCACUCAUUGACUCUUAAAGUUGGGUCGCCAGUUAUGCUGUUGAGAAAUAUUGAUCACUCAUUGGGCUUGUGCAAUGGUACAAAGAUGAUUAUUUCAAAGUUGGCAGAUCAUGUUGUAGAAGCUAAAAUACUGUCCGGAACAACUGCUGGCUGCUCAUGUGCUGUUAGGUAG